UACUAGUUUCCUCCCCUCACCUGCCUCUGAUCAUGUGACUGCAGAGGACAAUACAUUGUAUACCUGGACUGUUUUUGUUGCCUCUAUAUUAUGUUUGACAGUUUUGUGUUUCUUUUUGCUUAAUUUCUUCAUUGUUUGUUAGAACGGUGAAGGGAAAUUGUGGUUGACCUCUAACUUAAUUGGGCAGUAGAGUCAGAACAUUUGCAACCCCAGCAGAAAGUUUACAGAACUGAGUAAUGGUUUAUAUACACAGCUUCCUCUAUGUUCUGACAUGUUCUAGAGAGGAAAAGAUUUCUUCCUGUUUGCUGGCUGCACACAGAAUACUAUAGCACUAUUCAUUCUCAUCACAGCCCAAUACACGGGAGCUGAGUAAUGUAUUUGUCUAUCUGCUUUGUGUUCCUGACUGGAGCAGUUUUAAAGAUACACAGCAACAUCUCUCUGGAGAAUACUGUGGAGCUUGAAUUACAGCUAAAUACAAGUGCAAGAUCCCCCUUAAACCCAAGAUUUCUAUCUGUGACAAUUGAUGCCAGUCUUGCUUCGGAAUCCAAGUACAUUUCUUUCCUUCGAUCUCAGAAACUAAUUACUUUAACCAGAGGGCUAUCUCCUGCUUAUCUGAGAUUUGGAGGAACAAAAUCUGAUUUUCUCCUAUUUGACCCAGCAACAAAUGCAUCUGUCGAAGAAAAUCUUUACUGGAGCUUGCCAACAAAACAAGGUGACAUAGAUAAUGCAAAUCUGUGUGCAGAUGGCAGACUGUCCCCUUUUGAGCAGAAGAAGCUUAGGUCUCAGUGGCCUGCUAUGGAACAAAUAAUACUAAAGGAGGCUUUUCAGGAAAAGUACAAAAAUUCUACAAUCACAAAAGACACCAUUGACCUGCUCUACAGAUUUGCAAACUGCUCAAACAUGCAUCUCAUAUUUGGACUAAAUGCUUUACUUAGGACGGCAGAUGAUCAAUGGAAUAGUUCAAAUGCCAGAUUACUAAUUGAUUACUGUGACUCAAAGAAGUAUAACCUGUCCUGGGAAUUAGGCAAUGAGCCCAACAGUUUCAAGAAGAAGUCAGGACUGUACAUCGAUGGAUCUCAGCUUGGCAAAGAUUUUAUUAAUUUGCAUAACCUUCUCAGCAAGUACAGCAGCUACAAAAACUCUGGGCUUUUUGGGCCUGACAUUGGGCAGCCUAAGAAACACUCACAAAAGAUGCUAAGGAGAUUUUUAGAAGCAGGAGGUAAAGUUAUCAAUUCAGCGACUUGGCACCACUAUUAUGUUGAUGGGCACACAGCUUCUAAAGAAGAUUUUCUGAGCCCCACUAUUUUGGAUACUUUGGCUUCAGAAAUAGAGACUGUGAUAAAGAUAGUUAAUGAAAUUGUUCCAGGAAAGUCAGUCUGGUUGGGCGAAACCAGUUCUGCAUAUGGAGGUGGAUCCCUGGGAUUAUCGAAUACAUACAUAGAUGGCUUUAUGUGGCUAGACAAACUGGGAAUGUCGGCGAAACUGGGAAUCGAUGUUGUGAUGAGACAGGCACUUUUUGGGGCAGGAUCAUAUAACUUGGUGGAUUCUGAUUUUGAACCUCUACCUGAUUAUUGGCUCUCUCUGCUGUUUAAGAAGUUGGUUGGAUCCAUUGUCUUAAAUGUUAGUUUCAAAAGUUCCAAGGAUAUAGGUGAACGAAAGAUUCGGGUUUAUCUCCAUUGCACAAAUAUUAACAACCCAAAAUACACAGUGGGAGAUGUUACUUUGUUUGCCAUAAACUUGUACGACCACUCACAGCAAAUACAGUUACCGAGCUUCCUCUCAAAAAAGUCUGUGGAUGAAUAUCUGCUUUUACCUGGUGGUGAAGGAAUACUUUCUACAACGGUCUUGCUGAAUGGUGAAGUUUUAAAGAUGGUGGAUGAGAAAACAUUGCCAGUUUUACAUGGAAGGCCAUUAGAUCCAGGCUCUCCACUCGUUCUUCCUUCUCUGAGUUUUGGAUUUUAUGUUGUAAAAAAUGCUGAGGCCACUGCUUGCCUAUGAGGUCUGAAGAGGACACAUCCCGUUUAUGAACUUCAGGAUCAAAUAUUUAUGUACAUGUUAUGGGUUGUCAAUGAACUGUACUUUUAUAUCUCAGGGAAACUAAAAAUGAAGGUUAUAUUUGUAAUCUAUUAUCUUGUAUUUCCAUUAUUUAAUUGGCACUGCCAUCUGUAAGAUUGUAAUAUCCCUAUUGCUGUACAUCCUUAUGAAGAUAGAGAUUUUUUAAUUAAUUUUUUUCAAUAAAAUCCUUCCCCUCAAAUAGCA